AUGGACGACCAGGACCCCGCAGCGGAGACGCUGGCCCCCAAGAAGCGGACUCGUGUCCAAUUUUCAUGCACAGCAUGCAGGUUUCGGAAGUUGAAGUGUUGUCGCAACCACCCAUGUACCAAUUGUAAAAAGCGAGGUGAAGCAGCAGCAUGCACCUACGUUGGUCGCGGCCCACGAGGCAAGGCCCAUCAUGGACAGUCCAGCCCGACUCUUGUCCAAGACCGCCUGCAUCAUCUAGAAAACCUGGUGAUGUCGCUGGCUCAGAAGCAGCAGCCUGAAGAUGAGUUUGAAAUUGAUUUCAAUGCCCCACCAGGGUCUCGGGGCGCUUAUGUGACGCCCUCCCCCGCCUCUGACCGGGAUGCCAUAUCGACUUCAGUUGAUACAGGCACAUUGUUCGUGAAGAAUGAGGGAACUAGUUACAUUGAUAGCGCAAACUGGCGCGCUAUCUUGGAAGAGAUUAAUGGAGUGCGAGAGUACCUAGACCAGAAUGGAGCUGACUCCGAUGAUGAAGGUCUUGAGGAUGACCCAUAUGAAUCAUCUUCACCUAUUCUACUGUUUGGCAGUUCUCGACCGAUAACCAAGGAGGAGAUGCUUGUGGACAUCCCUCCACGAUCAAUAGCCGAUCGUCUUAUUUCUCGAUUCCUCAAAACGACUGAGCCCGCACUUGUUGCAAUCCAUGUUCCUACAUUUCAAAAAGAGUAUGAACAAUUUUGGCAAAACCCAAGUGAAGCUUCAUUCACCUGGAUCUCCCUUUUAUAUUCGAUGAUGGCUCUAUCGGUUUCCAUGUAUCACCGAAGUGCAGAGCCAUUACCCAUUGAUAUGUCGACUCCGACAACGGCAUUGAGUACAUUCCGCAAAAGAUCGUCUCAAUGCCUUAUCAAGGCAAACUACAUCAAUCCAGGACGAUACAAAGCGCAAGCAUUAUUUUUUUACACCUUGUCUGAAUUUUAUCGGAGCCAAGAUGCUCAAAUUGGAGUAUCCUACCUGCUUGGAAUGGCCCUUCGCCUUGCUAUGCGCAUGGGUUACCAUCGCGACUCUCAUCAUUACCCCAUGCUCUCAGCUUGGGAAGGAGAAAUGCGCCGGCGCCUCUGGGCAGUACUUGUGCAACUUGAUACACUAAUCUCGUUCCAAGUUGGCGUCCCUAGAACCAUUCAACCGUGGCAAUACGAUACUGAAUUGCCCGCAAACUUGCUCGAUAGUGACUUUGAUGAAAAUUCCACUCAAUUACCACCCUCAAGGCCUGAAGAUCAACGAACAGCAUCUUCAUACACGAGAGCAAAAUCCCAUAUUAUGAAAGUCUUUGGUCAGAUCACAGACUUAGCAUUUUCUCGGGAACCCUCUUCCUAUGAUGAGAUCUUGGAAAUUGACCGCCGCUUGCAGACCUCCCGUGAUAUGUCACCUUUGUUCCUGCGAAUGAAGCCAAUGACACAAUCAAUUGCAGAUCCUACAGAAGUCAUCAUGCGCCGGUACACUUUAGAGCUUUUGUACCAGAAGGCACGAGUUGUGCUGCAUCGCCGGUAUAUCGGUGAGACGAACCCCAAAUUUGCAUACUCGCGAUCAGUCUGUCUCACCGCAGCUCGCGAGACAUUACGACACCACGCAGAAAUAUGGAGCGAGUCCAUGCCAGGUGGCCAACUAUACGCAGAGCGUUACUUCUUGAAUUCCCUGUCAAACUCGGACUUUGUGCUUUCAGCCAUGAUUUUAUGCCUUGGGUUAUCACAGGACGAGGAUCGAGGCGGUGCUGCGCGUCUCGGUGAGCAGGAACGUGCGGAUUUCGUUGUCCUUUUGGAAACCACACAUCGCAUUUUCCUGGAAUCACAGCAUCACUCUGUAGACACGCAGAGGGCAGUGACUGCUCUGACUAUUAUGCUAAGUCGUGUCAAGGAUAGCAGAGUCCAGCAUCCUCGAACGAACACUAAUCAAAUCAUGCCAGCCAUCCAUAAUUUCACUCCGCCUCAGUCACAUGGUCAGUCAGUAUUGGACAGACAUGUUCAAACGUUCCCAGCGGUUGCAGAAGUACCAAAUCAAAUGCACAUACCCGACCAGACGCCGGCGUACAACUCACUGGGGGUAAUUGGAGACAUGUUAAAUCUUCCAGCUCAGCUGGACUGGCGCUUGUACGACAGCCGCAUCUCUGGGAUAGAAAUGGCCACGAAUGAUAACGUCUGGUACUCUGCUUCCUCACCGGCGCCAGCAUUUGACUUUGGCUCACUCUCCUCUGGCGUGUCACCGAUGGAUCAUCCAAACUAUCAAGUAUAA